AAGCUAACACAUACGAUGCCCAUAUAUAAGUCGAGCAAACUAGGGUUUUGGGCUCAUCUUCGCUCGCUUUCGCCUUCGCCGCCGCCUCCUCCUCCUCCUCCUCCCUCCCUCCUCUCGCGAGCUCAUCAUCUCGCUCUCGCGGCGGCGGCGGCAAUGGCAAUGGUGACCGAGCAGGAGGUGAAGCUCUUCAAUCGCUGGACCUUCGACGAAGUCAACGUGACCGACAUUUCGCUUGCUGAUUACAUUGCUGUGACUUCGACCAAGCAUGCUACCUAUCUUCCUCACACAGCCGGAAGAUAUUCGGUGAAGAGGUUCCGCAAGGCCCAAUGCCCUAUCAUCGAGAGGCUGACCAAUUCUCUGAUGAUGCACGGCCGCAAUAAUGGGAAGAAACUAAUGGCUGUUCGCAUCGUCAAACAUGCCAUGGAGAUCAUUCAUCUGUUGACUGACGCGAACCCUAUCCAAAUAAUUGUGGAUGCGAUCAUUAACAGUGGGCCGAGGGAAGAUGCCACUCGUAUUGGAUCUGCCGGUGUUGUUAGACGGCAGGCCGUUGAUAUUUCUCCCCUCCGACGGGUCAACCAGGCUAUAUACCUUCUGACGACAGGUGCCAGAGAGAGUGCUUUCAGAAACAUCAAGACCAUUGCAGAGUGCCUUGCUGAUGAGCUAAUCAAUGCAGCCAAGGGCUCUUCAAAUAGCUAUGCUAUUAAGAAGAAGGAUGAGAUUGAGCGUGUUGCGAAGGCGAAUCGUUGAACACUGCUCAUUCACAAGACAAGUUUUGUAGUGGACAAUUUCGGAAGUAUUUUCCUAGUUAGUAUUUAUAAUUCAGUUUGGUUAUGGAUCACAUACUAUUUUCUUAAAAUUGAGCAAAUUAUGCUGCACAAUUCGGAGAAGAUUGCUUUUCAUCGAUUCUGCUUUAAACUCUAUACUAUCUUAAAAUUUGCUGGUGUUUUUGCUGAAGUACAAAUGAGCACUUCGAGUAAGUUGGUAUUAGGCCAUUUUAGGAACUUAUUUAUAGAACUACGGUUGUGAUAUCCAAGUGAUGGUUAUGACUUU